UGGGGUCAGUACGGAGGCUGCUCGUUGCUGUCCACGCUUCAGCUUUUCACAUUACUCCCCUCAUCAUUCUCGAGUGACUUUGCAACAUUUUCAACUCGUAUUGAAGUUUUAAAAAGAAGCAGCCGGGGAACUGUGGAGAAAACUCGCUGGAUACUGCCACUUUGACCUUUUUUGGGACUGCUUCAGUUUUUGUUUUCAGGAGAAACCGGUUGGGAGGGAAAGCCGAAAAUAUAUACAUAUAAAGAAACAGAGAAAAAAGUUUGAGCAAUUUCCAGGUGGGGGUUGAUGUUCUAGGCGAAGCCCGGGGAGCUCGGAUAAGGAUGAAGAGCGCAUCUUGUGUAAAGGCGGCUGUCCUUCUUCUCUUGUUUCUGGGGAGCUCGGAUGGGACUGCCCCCGACUGUCAGGAGGUCAAGAAAGUUUUCCAGCGGCGACAGAUCGGCCCGUCCAGGUGGCUGCCAGAGAGCCCCAGGCCAGGUUCUGAUCUUCAGGUGUGUACAUCAAAGGAUCUAACAUGCUGUACAAGAAAAAUGGAGGAGCGAUACCAAGCAGCAGCUCGUCAAGACAUUCAAAAUUUGCUUCAAACAUCCAGUUCAACAUUGAAAUUUUUAAUAUCACGCAAUGCAGCCACUUUUCAAGAGACAUUUCAGAAUAUCAUUCGGCAUGCAGAGAAUAACACCAAGAUGCUGUUCAGAACGACCUACCGGAAUAUGGCCUUCCAGACAGUUGCACCAAUUCAAGAGCUCUUCACUGAUGUUGCACUCUUUGUUAUUGGCUCAGAGAUGAACGUUGAUGAAUUUGUUAAUAGAUUUUUUGAUAGUCUCUUCCCAUUGGUUUAUAAUCAUCUAAUCAAUCCUGCCCUCACUGACAUCUCCCCGGACUUUGCAGAAUGUGUACGGAUGGCGAGGAAGGACCUAAAUCCAUUUGGUAAUAUUCCAAAAUUAAUAACGAAUCAAAUGUCAAAAUCUCUGAUGGCUAGUCAUAUGUUUCUGCAGGCAUUAAAUUUAGGAAUCGAAGUUAUCAACACAACUGAUCACUUACAGUACACUAAAGAAUGCAGCAAAGCUCUGCUGAAGAUGCUAUUCUGCUCCCAUUGUCAUGGAUUGACUAAUGGUAAGCCAUGCAUGGGCUAUUGCCUGAAUGUGAUGAGAGGAUGCCUUGCUGCCAUGGCGGAAAUUGAUCCACACUGGCGGGAGUAUAUCAGAUCGCUGGAGGAACUGUCAAAUGGAAUACAAGGAACUUACGAUAUAGAACAAGUUUUGCUGAAUCUCCAUUCAUUAGUGAAUGAUGCGAUUAUGAAUGCUCAAAUCAACGGGCCAAAAUUGUCAGCAAUGGUAAAUAGAGCCUGUGGACAUCCUGUUCGAAAGCCUCCUCAAACUUUGGAUUAUCAAACAGAUCCUUACAAUGAUAAACCUGGGCUGAAAAUCAUUCAUAAAGAAGAUGAGGAGACAUUAUCCAGCAGGAGAAAAGAGUUCAUCAAUAGUCUACGAUUAUACAGGACUUUAUAUGGUGGAUUGACCAAUCAAUUGUGUGUCAAUGAUUUGGCAGCUGUUGAUGGAUUAACAUGCUGGAAUGGAGAAGAUCUCGUGAAUAGCUAUACAUAUCAAGUUGUUGGCAAUGGCAUCAAAGCUCAGUCAAGCAACCCAGAGGUGAAAGUGAAAGGAACUGACCCUGUCAUAAGUCAGAUCGUUGAUAAACUGAAGCACAUCAAUCAGAUGCUGCAGGGAAAGGUGAUCCCCAAGUAUGAGCAAUGGCAUUCAGCAGAAAAAGGCAGUGGACAAGUAGAUCACGAUGACAUCCAGGUCAGUGGAGACUGCGAUGACGAGGAUGGUUGCAUUGGAUCAGGAAACGGAGAAGUGAAAAAAUCUUUCAAAACCUCUGAAUCAGGGGUCCAUGAUAAGAACAAUUGGCACAAUGCCGUUCUCGAUGACAUUGAUGCAACCUCACAGACAGAAGAUGAUGCCUAUUCAAAUAAAUCUGGUGCAGGAGCCCAGCACCCGAUUGGAAAUGUUAUCGUUACUCUGAUCAAUUUGGUGACUUUGAUUCUUUUUUGGUAAAUUCACAUCUUUCUAUUUUUUUGACUUAUACCUUUUAGUUAAAUAAUGGAAAACAGCAGCAAUGCAAAGAAU